AUGUCCGCCAUCAUCGGCCGCGCUGCUUUCCGCGCUACGCGCCCCCUCCGCUUCCAGGCCGUUGCCCCGCUCCGCGCCGAGGCAGUUGCUGAGAAGCAGGCCAGCAAGGACGCCCUCAAGCAGGCCGGCAAGAAGGAUCCCGAGCUCUACGUUCUCUGGACCGUCAUGGCCGGUGCCUUCGGUCUUGCCGGCUGGUACUUCUCUCGCUCUCCCACCACUUCUACCUCGGAGAAGUCCGUCCCCAAGGUCCCUGGCACCGAGCCCUGGAACACUGGCAGCGACGGCAAGUACCAGUACUACCCUGGCGGUGACUCCAGCCAGGCUCCUCGCGACGCUCCCUCGGCUCUGAACACCGUCAUCAUCCCCAACGUCAACCUCCCUAAGGAGCUUCACGAGAAGUGGAACAAGUACGGCAAGGAUGGCUAUUAG